AAACUCUUGAUCUCACAUUCAACAAAUUAAAUGGUGAGUUUCUAUUCUGCAUAUGUAACUAUUUCUUGGUUUCUUCUAUUUCUAGGUCCAAUACAAUCCACCUUUGGAAAUCUAUCAAAUUUGUAUGCUUUAAGCCUCUCUAACAACAACUUAAAUGGUCCAAUACCAACCAGCAUUGCAAAUCUAUCAAACAUAUAUUUGUUAUUUCUCUCUUCCAACGGAUUAAUUGGCGAGCUUCCAUCCUCCAUCUACAACCUAACAUCCCUUAAAUAUCUCAUUCUCUCGAAUAACAACUUGUCGGAAACAAUAUUCGUAUACAUUCACGGUCAUAUACAUUCAAACCAGUUUAGUGGUCCGAUUCCAUCAACAUUUAGCCAAGGUUGUAGUCUCGUGUCCAUCAAUUUGAGUGGUAAUAAAUUGGAAGGAAGAUUACCUAAAUCCUUAGUCAACUGCAAAAGUCUACAAGGCCUUCCUGAACUUCGAGUACUAGUCUUGAGGUCUAACAAGUUUGAUGGUAACAUAACGCUACCUUCGCGAUUUGAGCUUCCAUUUCCCGAGUUGCAAGUUUUAGAUAUAUCUCGGAAUGCAUUUGUGGGCACUCUACCUGAAAGGUAUGUUGAAAGCAAUGAUAGAAGUGAGCAAGGAAAAUGUAACAGAAAGAUUCUCUAAUACAUUUCUACGUUUUGUGGAGAUGACAGGAUCAAGAGAGACUACUGGAAGCCUUUACGAUAAUUGACUUGUCCUCAAAUAGAUUUUCCGAGAGUAUUACACGUUCAGUAGGAAAUCUUAAGUGUCUCGAAUACUUGAACUUGUCACACAAUAACCUCGUAGGAAAUAUACCUUCAUCUAUAGCAAACAUGAGUGCGCUUGAAUCGUUGGACUUGUCUUCAAACAAUUUGGAUGGAGUAAUUCCAAGUGAAAUGACAAGGUUGACGUUUCUUUUGAAAUUAAACCUUUCAAUGAACGAUCUGGUGGGACAGAUACCUCGAUCUAACCAGUUUUCCACAUUUGAGAAUGAUUCGUACGUGGGGAACUUGGGGUUAUGUGGAGUUCCAUUGACAAGAAAAUGCAAUGAAGAGAGUGGGCUAGAAGAAGAAGUAGGACAAGAAAAUGAAGAAGAAGAUGAAUUUAUAGAUGGAUUUGGAUGGAAAAGUGUUGUGAUGGGGUAUGGAUGUGGACUCAUAGUUGGAAUUGGUAUUGGUUGUUGUAUUCUUCAAUACAGAAAGCCAAGAUGGUUAGUUGAUUUCUUUUUUGGCAUUGUAUAUAAUGAGAAGAAGACAAUAGAUAAGCAAUAGAGCAACACCAUGAGAACUUGAUUCAACUUCCUUUUUUUGUAUAUAGGUUAUUCUAA